AUGGCCGCCGAGAUUGAGGCGGCGAAGAAAGCGGCUGCCAUAGAAGCGGUACGAAAUCAUUUUCCUGAGAAUCCGCGCUUCGUUGGCAUCGGAUCCGGUACAACAAUUGUCUACGUGGUGGAGGCUAUUAAAAAUUGCGGAGUGGACGUUUCCAGAGUGGGCUUCGUGCCAACAGGAUACCAAUCUAAGCAACUCAUCAUAAACGCUGGCCUUGUUCCCAUUGAGUUCGACGCCCUUCCGGACGAUUCCGUGAUUGACAUUGCUUUCGACGGCGCGGACGAGGUAGACGAAGAGCUGAAUUGCAUCAAAGGAGGAGGUGCUUGUCUGUACCAGGAGAAACUCGUGGCCAUGCGGGCGGAACAGUUCAUUUGUGUUGCCGACUUUCGAAAACUUCAACCCCGACUAGUCACCAAGUGGCCAACCAUUCCCGUAGAAGUCGAACCAAAGGCUGCCCGGCAGGUCAUGAAACGACUGCGAAUGCUGGGAAGCGUAAGCCCAACAGGAGCAGGCCCAUUGAUCCGAGAAGGCCACAUGGCCAAAGCGGGCCCAGUCAAGACGGACCAGGAUUUCUUUAUCAUCGACGCCCCAUUCCCACACCCGCUUCUGAUUGGCGAGGAUACUUCUGCAGAAAGAAAGGGUGACGGUGAGCAUGGUUAUUGGGAAGUGGAGCAGCUUGCCAAAGCCAUCAAGGAUAUCAAUGGUGUGCUUGCCGUAGGUCUUUUCUGUGGUCCAACCGGCCCCGAGGCCAAAGCGGCUGGAGUGGUAGGAGGCCAAAGACCGGUAGCAUGCUAUUUUGGCAUGGCUGAUGGCACUGUAUCGUUGCGAAGAGCCCGAGAAAAGCGACAUUCCGUUGUCGCCAAAUAUCCUCCCUUAAUACCGGUGCAUUCGGUGGAGACUGCUGCGGUCGAAAAUUGA